UGUGCAGCAAGCAUGCAUGCCAGCUCCGCUCUGACAGCGAGCUGCUAAAGAACAACGUGUAAUUUGAUACCAAAACACGGACGGCGCACAUAUUGCACCUGUGCAUAUAAUAUACCAGGAAGUCGAGUUUUGGUAGUGUUCCGCGGAAUUUUGGAAAUCAUGUUUGACAUAAUUUCUCACGUUUGGACCAAUAUGGCACAUCCCAAAGGAUUUCUAGCGGUAGUACUGCUAACUUAUUGUCUGUGUUUGAGCGAUGUCGCCGCCGUCUCACGGACCGUCGUGUUCCAAGGGGACUCGGCAGAGCUCGAAUGCCAAGUCGACGACGCCGUCAUCACCAUCGUUUGGAGGAAGGGUGACGACAUCGAUAGAGCGACCACGGUGGCGUCUUUCGUGGACGGUGUCCGACAGGGAAGCGACGGUGGUCGUAUUUCGAUGUCUUCGUCCAGAUCAUUGGUGAUCAACGAUGUCGAUAUAGCGGAUGAAAGCAUGUAUUAUUGUAUUGUCACGUUGACGUCAUCGAGCAAUGAUAUAGUGAUUGAAGCCCAGUUAGAAGUUGCAGUACCUCCAGCGGAGCCGUACCCUACCAUAGUUUUACUCCAACCCACUUCAUCGCCAUCCGCAAACGCAUCUUGCCAAUACACCAUACCACAAGGCACCCAAUACCGAUUAUCGUGCGAGGUAGAUAGCUUCAGGCCGUCUGUCGAGCUUGUCUGGUUCGUUAACGACGUAUCUGAGGGCGGAGCACCGCUGAAGUUUGCGGACAAUCCGGACGGGACGAGGGAUGUGUAUGGUAGCCUCGACGUGACAAUGGGUGUUUCGAACAUGGAUGUCAGAUGUGAAGUGAGCGGUGAGGCGGUGCCGGACCCACCCCGGAUAAUUACAGCGUUGGUCUGUUGGGCCCCUAGCACCAGCGGUGGAAGCAAUACCACAACCAUUAUCGUCGUAGUAGUUAUCGUCAUUGUAUUAAUAGCAGUCGUCGUAGGGAUUGCAUUAUGGAUGAAAAUAUUGAUAAGAGACACAAUGGUACGAUCAAAUUACAGUAAAACAGCGAGUGCUGACGACGAUACACCAUCUCGAAGCCGCAUGUCGAAUUUCUGCCACAUCUGCUGUGCGACCUGCUGCCCGUGUACGGUGCGGGAAGAUGAAAUCGAUGCCGAGACGCAGAGGAGAAAAGGGGCAUCGUCAUCGCACUCGAAGGAGGAGAGAGCGAAGAAAGCGCCCUCAGCAGCGCUAAAAGCAAGAAUCCAACAAAAUCGUAAGAAACAAGAAGGAAGGUCUGGAGCGGCAGCAGAGAGUAACCAUGUGCCUUCCGAUAAGCCGACUGAACAUUCCCCUAUGCUUGAAAACCCAGAUGAGACGUCAACUCCGAUGAAUCCUAAGCCUCCUGGUGCGAGGCCUAAAACAAGACCAAUUGAUGAUGCUUCAGUUGUUAUUAGAGUUCCACAUCAAGCACCGCAAAGUGUAGUAGAGACGAACGGGACAGCGGCGGGCGAGGCAGAGACGGGCUUCUGAUAGAAUCAAGCACCUCACCGAUCAAGAGCAUCCAUUUUACCACUAUUAAGAUGAACAGUACUUUUCUCCAGGCUAUUACAUUCUAUUAUGGUCGGAUGGAACAAGCCUUAGCUAAAUGUUUUGCCACUAAUUUGACGAGGCAUAAAGCCGCUGGAAACUUUUUGCACACAUAUAUAUGGCGUGGUGUAAAUGCCUCCGCCAAACCUGUUAUUAAGUACACAGACGUAUCGUGGCUAACCGCUUCAAAAAUAUUGCCUUGUCAAAAUCGUAGAAAGCACGAAAUAGAAAUAAAUGUCCACGGAUCGACCGUCUUCAUUUCUAGUUCGACAAAGGGUUCCAUGAUUCAAAUUUAAUAUUGUGGAUAUCUGUCUUAGACAAGUAGUGAGCGAAUUCGUAGCCAGGUAAUAUAAGCAUGAGCCGAUAAACAUUGGGGACUCUAAAUUUACCAAGUCCAUUGGCUAAGAAUGGUGUAAGGUCCUCUUUACAGUUGUGCCCCUUUCAGACUAGGCGUAAUCUUGGUGGAAAGGACUGCGUCAGCCUGCGUCAGCCGCCGUCAGCCAUCGACAAAAGCAGUCUUUGGCUCGCUGUGUGAGAGUGUCAUCAAACAAAAGGUGAACGCAAAUUGAACAGUGCAACCACUGCGCUAAAUUUCUGGUGGAUAAAUUCACAGACAGGUACUGACGCAAUCGAAAUGCCGCAUUGCCUGCAAGCGGCAUUAUGCAAUUUUGUUAUGAUUGCGCCAAUCGGGAUGGUUUGGCUGGCAUGAUCAGCCUGACUUGCCUGCGUUUCGAAAACCUUGUGUUAUCGAGGUCCCCGUCUUAUAAAGAGUUGCCAUUGAUUCAAAUAAAUCGAAAAUCCUCCACUCAAUCGCAGUAUGCAGUUCACUAUAUCGUUUGUGCAUAGUUGUGAAUGAUAUCAAUCUCAAAUCAGCUCUUUAUAAGACGGCCCAUACAUGAGAAAUCAUUUUGACGGGAAAAUGCUUCUAACUGCUCUACUGCAUGAAAAUAAUUUCUUAUCUCAUUUAAGUAAAGCGUGAUGAUAAGUAUGCCUAUAAAUAUUUCUAUAUUGUGUUAUGUGUAUACUUUUUACUUGUUAUACCCGAUGUUCUGAAAUGUAUUGGUUAAUAUUUUGGCAUAAAUAUUGAAAUACAAUUGAUUUUUUGUGUGAGACACCUUGGGCUACGCAUUUGCGUCAUCCUCAACAGAAUGUAUCGAUAAUCUUGGGAUAACAUAAUUAUUUACUUGUUAAAUGACAAUGGUAACAAAUUAUUGUUGAUUUAGUCUAUUUUUCAAUACACUUCCAUUCAUUUCAUAUUUCCAGCGUUUGAUGUAUUGAUGCAAUCCUUUUCAAAAAGAAUGUUACGUACAUUGUUGCCCAUGAAGUUGGAAUAUUUUGUUUUUAAUUUCCCCUUGAAGUGUUGUGAAAAUAUCUUUUAUUCUUGAUAGAUAAAGGCUAUAUCUUUUCAUAACUUUAUUUAUCAAUCUCUACGACCAAUGAAGUUCUGAGAAAAUAAUUACAAACUUCAUCUAUCAAGUAUUGAUCAUAAUUAUUGUCACAAUCAUUACAUGAAUAGAGGUAAGUAAAUUUAUUCCAAAGUUAUGGGCAAAAAUGCAUUUUUAACGAUAAUUAUUAGAUAUUAAGUAUUAUACUCGCCACUUCAUUUUAGGGAGGAUUGUAGCAAAUUAUUUUGUAUUCAGAAAAAUACACUCGCAGCUGCAUGCACUUUUAUAGAUAUUCAUUAUACGCUUGAAUUAUGGAGAGAGAAAAAGGAAGAAAGAAAGUCUCUAACUUUACCUCUUUGCUGAAGUAUCAACAUUAUAAGCCUUUUCCUUGAUAAUGAUAAUUUGUACAUGCGCUUUGCUUGUAUUCAUUUUUCCGUUUGACUAUUAGCUCUAAAAUAGUACUCUACCGGUAUUUUUGUUUUUCUCUCUAUAGUCGACUAAAAUUAAAAUGCCUUUGUGUUUUCGUUCGCUUAUGACUCGCAUUGCCACUUGAUCUUGACAUGCGUAACUAAUUUUCGUUGCCUAUAAUGCUUGCAGAGUCAAUCAUGACUUUGUGUCUUAAAAUUUCUUAUUUUUUGUGUAAAUAGUAAAAAGGGGAUCUACGCUUUCGUUUGCCACCUAUUGUAGUGUAUUGCAAUAUUUAAUAGUUGAAGAAGAAAAAACUGAAUUGUGUAUUAUAUUUUGCACGUAUUUGUAUCAGUUCAUGAGACAGGACCGUCUGUAACCAUUUAUGAAGGAGUGUGGGGGGGGGGGCGAAAGGCGCCCCAAAUUUCCAACAAGGAAAAAUAAUGAUUAUAAUAAUAAUCUAGAAACGUAGCAUUCUAUGGCAUAUAUUGUUUUGGUAUCUCUUGAACUGCUUCCAUUGUAAUUCCAUACCGAAAACAAACCUCAUACUCGGUUAAUGUAUCAUUCAUUUUAAGUACAAAGUCGCCGACUACCAUUGACACUGUCUGUGUGUGUUCAGAAUGAAUAUACAUAUGUCAUUAUUUCUGUAAUAUCUUUAUUUGAAUACAUUUUCGUUGAUUGAUCAGUACUAUGACUCGAAUCAAAAUAAUGUGUGACAAAAAAAAUGGGGGUCUUGGAUGGGAUUGAAACGUAACAAAUCAUGUCAGAAGAAAUUAUAUUAACGUAUUCAGAAAACUAUAUUGUUCUAAAGCAUCUGAAAGGAUACAACUGUAUUCAUUGAGAAGUUGUUCAUCAGUACUAAAAAUACUUUAGAUCAACAUGUUGUGAUCAAAUCUUUACGGAUUUAUCGCCUUGAUAACUGCUGUUUAGCAAACAUCCUUUCGAUACUAUGUAUAUUGUACGACUCAGAUUCUAUGACUCUGUUAUUGGUUUAACGUGAUUGUUCACAACUCGUAAUUAUGACCAAAAUUGGUAGUUCAGCAACUUCAGCUAUAUAUUGUAAUACAAUGCCUCUCAUGCCUGUAUUCAAUAAAUCAGUACUUGCGUACUCUUGAGCAUUUUAUACCGA